AUGGCGCCGGAGCCGGCCGCGGGGCUACCCGAAGACGUCCUCGCGGAGGUCCUAGGGCGCCUCCCGCCGCUCGUCCUGGCCGCGUCCCGGCGGGUCUGCAGGGCGUGGCGCGACGCCAUCGACGCCCGCCUGCGCGGCCACCUGCUCUCGCGCUCGGUGCGCGGGAUCUUCAUCAAGUUCAUCGGCCAUUGCUUCUCGGAUUUCUUCUCCCGUCCCUCCACGGGGCCGGCGAUCUGCGGAGGGCUCGACUUCCUGCCCAGCGAAGGCGUCAAGGUCACGGAUCACUGCAACGGGCUCCUGCUCUGCGGCGAUCGGGAGCGUGACUACGUCGUCAACCCGGCCACGCGGCGGUGGGCGCGCCUGCCCCGACGCCCUCCACCGCAGAUGCCGGGGUUCGGCCACAGCGCCUACCUCGCGUUCGAUCCCGCCGUGUCGCCACACUACCAGGUUUUCAUGAUCCCACGCCUGCCAGGCGCCAGCGAAUCGAAUGACAACGCCUUGCUUGAAUCGGAGUGGCCUCCCGCGUCCUACGUGCUGCAUGUGUUAUCGUCGACGGCCGGCCAGUGGGAAGAGGAGACCUUUCUUCGGGAAGGGGAGGCCGCGGGGAUCGUCGCAGACAUGGAUUCCGAUCUAUGGUACGAUCGAUAUCAUGCCGUCUACUGGCGAAGCACGCUCUACAUCCAUUGCCAGCAUGGCUAUAUUACAAGAAUGUCCUUGUCAGAUCACACAUACAAAGUAAUUAGACUACCGGCUGCCGAUGAGUUGAGAGGAUAUCCCAACUACUAUUUGGGGAGAUCGCUGAAAGGGGUCUAUUGCACAAAAGAUAAUUUAUGGAACGGGCUUCAGCUUUGGCACCUCGAUGAAUCACGCCACCAAACAGAAUGGGUGUUAAAGCAUGACAUCGAUCUCACCACUUUUGCGCGCAAUCUCUACGCGUUUGACUAUCGUAAGAGGUAUGGGGAGGAUCGUGCUCAAAAAAUAGGCGGACCAUGGAUCCUACAGGACGUUAACUAUCGUAAGGGCACGGAGGAAUAUCGUAGCCCUUAUUACAGAGCACCACUGGAAGAAAAAUAUGACUGGAACUCUGACGAGGAUAACUUUCUCGACAUCGAAGAUGUUGUUCAAGGAGGAUAUAGUGGAGAUUAUCGUUUCCUUGGGUUUCACCCUUAUAAGGAGAUUGUCUAUCUGGAAUUAUGCAUGGGAAGAGGAGUGGCCUAUGACUGGAAUAGCUCAAAAUUUCAGGACUUGGGCUGUAUAGAACCAAGAGACCACCAUUACGUCGAAGAAGGGAUAACCGCAUCUUUCCCGUACACGCCUUGUUGGAUGGGCGAGUUUCCUGGAAACGAAUUGGAAUCUCUACUUGAAGACGAGGCGAUAGCUAGAAGAAAAUUGGAACGGGAAGCUCAGCUAGAAGAUCACUCCAACUUUAGCUUCGUGGACGAGUACGAGCUGCACAAGCUCCGUGGGCGCGCCAAGAGGGAAAAGGAUUCUGUCAGCAAAAUUCGUCGCAGACGCCGCGUCACAGCACGGUAGGAACCCACCUUCACCAACAUGAUGCUCAAGGCGCCCAAGUUCAACAUUGGCAAGGUAACCCAGGAGAUAGUCAACUUGCAUCGCUGGAUCUAGCCUACUUGAUUAGUUUUCUGGAAUCCAAAAUGAGCAGGUACGUGCAAAUAAUUUGGAAUACCAAGUUGAAGAUGUGCACAAAUCGGACAGCACAAUCAUGUUUGAGGCCAUGCACUUGCAACUUGUUGAUGCAAAACAAAGUUUUAGACCCUGUUCGUGUACCCUGUAUUUGCUUCGAACAAGACAACCAUGUCUACCAGUAAUUCUUUAGGACCGUGCGGUGUGCUUUAUUAUUUAUAUGUACAAAUGAAAAGUAAAUAGUGUGCAUGCCCACGAGGAGUUACUCGAGCAAUUUUUUACC